GUGCCCGGGUGUCUGGUUUCUGGCAGCCCGGAGCCCCCGCGGCCUGGCCCCGCCCCCGCCGCGGGAAGGGGGAUAUGAAGAGGAGCCGCUGCGGCUGCCGCUGCCGAGCGAGCAGACAAGUUGCCGGGGACGGACAGGGGCGCCCGGGAGCCAGCGGACGCCGGGCAGAGAGGCUCCCGCAGGCGUGACAGCCGGAGCGCGCUGCACCUCCCCGGGCGGGAGCACGUCCGCCCCGCGGUGCCCAGCGAUGGGACCCACCGUCCCCCCAUGAGCGCGGGCGGGCGGCGGGGGCUUGGCGGAGUGGCGGGAGCGCUCCCCCGGCUGGAGGAUCCGGCGGCACCUUCUGCCUGGGCUAGUGCCCCCAGCUCGCCUCCUUCCGAGCCGCUGCUGGCCCCGCGCGGCGCCUCUCCUGCCUGCCCGGCUGUCAGGUCCGCGCUGAAGACGGGACCAUUCGCUGCACCCACCAGCCCCCAGGGCCGGAUUACUGGGAACUGGAGGGAGCCCGAGAAGAGGUGGAAGGAGAGGAAAUAAGGCGAGAGGAGGAGGAGGCGGUGGAGAGCUGGAAAUGUCCCUUCCCUGUUGCAACCUGGUUAGAUACCUGUUCCCAGCCCUGCUCCUGCAUGGGCUGGGAGAGGGUUCUGCCCUUCUUCAUCCAGAUAGCAGAUCCCACCCUCGAUCUUUAGAGAAGAGUGCAUGGAGGUCUUUUAAGGAAUCACAGUGUCAUCACAUGCUGAAACAUCUUCACAAUGGAGCCCGAAUCACUGUGCAAAUGCCUCCCACCAUUGAAGGGCAUUGGGUCUCUACUGGCUGUGAAGUUAGAUCAGGCCCAGAGUUUAUCACAAGAUCCUAUAGAUUCUACAACAACAACACAUUCAAGGCCUACCAGUUUUAUUACGGUGGUAACCGCUGCACAAACCCUACUUACACCUUAGUUAUCCGUGGUAAAAUUCGUCUUCGUCAAGCAUCCUGGAUCAUCCGAGGGGGAACUGAAGCAGAUUACCAGUUGCAUAACAUUCAGAUCAUCUGCCACAGUGAAGCAGUAGCCGAAAAACUAAGUGAGUUGGUGAACCGUACAUGUCCUGGAUUUGUACCAGACAACAAUCCCUGGGAGCAGGAUGUGAGCUACAAUUUGUGGAGAGAAGAGAAUGGCUGUGAAUGCACCAGAGCUCUUAAUUUUGCCAUGCAUGAACUUCAACUGAUCCGAGUAGAGAAGCAGUAUCUACAUCAUAAUUUAGAUCACCUAGUGGAGGAGCUAUUUCUCGGAGACAUCCAUACUGAUGCUACUCAGAGGAUGUACUAUCGGCCUUCUAGUUACCAGCCUCCUCUUCAAAAUGCGAAGAAUCACGAUCAUACCUGUAUAGCAUGUAGAAUCAUUUACCGGUCAGAUGAGCACCAUCCUCCAAUCUUACCUCCAAAGGCCGAUUUGACUAUUGGAUUGCAUGGAGAAUGGGUGAGCCAGCGCUGUGAGGUGCGUCCUGAAGUCCUCUUUCUCACCAGGCACUUCAUCUUCCACGAUAACAACAACACCUGGGAAGGUCACUAUUAUCACUACUCUGACCCCAUCUGUAAGCACCCCACCUUUACCAUCUAUGCCAAGGGGCGCUACAGCAGGGGAGUGCACUCUUCCAAAGUGAUGGGAGGAACAGAGUUUGUGUUCAAAGUAAAUCACAUGAAAGUCACCCCCAUGGAUAUAGCUACAGCCUCUCUACUGAAUGUCUUUAAUGGGAAUGAGUGCGGAGCAGAGGGAUCGUGGCAAGUUGGAGUACAACAGGAUGUUACUCACACUAAUGGCUGUGUUGCUUUGGGGAUUCGCCUACCACACACAGAGUAUGAAAUCUUCAAAAUGGAGCAGGAUGCCAGAGGUAGCUACUUACUGUAUAACGGCCAGAGGCCUAGUGAUGGGUCCAGUCCAGACAGACCAGAGAAGAGAGCCACUUCUUAUCAGAUGCCAUUAGUUCAGUGUGCUUCAUCAGCACCGAGACCUGAAGAGUCACCAGAGGAGAACAAAAUAGGCCGCUAUAGCAGCAGGGCACCAGAAAAGGACUCCAAUGUAUUUGUCCUUACCCUGAUGCUGUUUAUUUGUACUAUGUCACAUUGGAACAUUCUCAGUUGAAAGGAAAAAACUAUUUUUCAUGACUACAAAACCAGGAUUCCAUAUGACUGAGAGUUUUUCUUUUCAGAAAGAAAAGGACAUUUAUUUUCUUGAUGCACUGGAAUGCCUGAGAACUGUUGUUCUUUUCCUUAUUUUUUUCCCCUCCUUGAAUCAUCAACGGCACUCGUUUGAUGUUUUUGCUUUGAACUUCGUCCAGUCUGAUCCCUGGCCUGACAUGACUGCACAACCGUAAUUGCACUUUACGACUGCAGACUUACUUGGCUUUUUUUAACUACUAGGGUAAACCUAAAGAUCCUGCUUCAGUUGGCUCUGCCAUGUUGCUGUUGUGGUUCAUUUCCCCCCUAGCACUUAGUUUCUCAUCAGAAUUUAACUGUCAGGAAUCACUCUGUAUAGUAUUGUGUUAAUACUGUGAUAAUGGCUUUUGUCUUAUUCUUUAGGACUCUGCUGUAGAUAUGUACAUAUAAAGAAACCCCACAAGGAUCUAUCUAAAUACAAUCUUACAGGUUUUACACAAAAGAAAAAAAAUAUACAAACUAUCCUCCUGUCAGAAGCUAAAUGGAAAAUUAUCUCUAAUUAAGUAACAUUCAAAGUAAUUUAAGCUAUUUUUACAUAUAAUUAACUUGUAAAAACAACCAAAGGUUUAGUGGGAUGUAAGUAUUUUUCUCAUUCAGUUACAUUAGGUAUGCAAUUGCUUCAGGCCUCCCGUUGUAUCUACUAACUAGUUACAAUAACCCCCUUCCCCCUCCCUUUAAAAUCAGAU